AUGGUCACGGUUGAGGACGAACAUAACCAGGGUUAUUAUGACAACCAAGGAUAUGGUGAUGGAGGCUAUUAUGACCAAGGUAAUGGGUACUACGGAGCGGAUGGUCACGGCGCCGACCCAGCCCAUGCGGAUGGAGGCCACGGAUACGCCGACGGAGGAUAUUACGAGGCCGGACACCAAGACCAGUACUAUGGGGGCGCUGCCGGGACUGCCGGCGGUGCAGGCGGUGCAGGCGGCGACCAGCAGUACUACGAUCAGGGACAAGGAGAAUAUGGCCGAGGCCGUCGUGGCAAUGAUUCCGAGGAGGAUUCCGAGACCUUCAGCGAUUUCACAAUGAGGUCCGAGACGGCUCGUGCCGCAGACAUGGACUACUAUGGUCGUGGAGACGAACGGUACAACAGCUACUCAGACAGCCAGUACGGCGGUCGUGGUGGCUACCGUCCUCCUUCCUCUCAGAUCUCCUACGGAGCCAACCGAUCAUCCGGUGCUUCGACCCCUGUCUACGGAAUGGACUACAGCAAUGCCCUUCCCGCUGGCCAGCGCUCGCGUGAGCCUUAUCCUGCCUGGAGCGCCGACGCCCAGAUCCCUCUCUCGAAGGAGGAGCUCGAGGAUAUCUUCCUGGAUCUGGUCAACAAGUUUGGUUUCCAGCGUGACAGCAUGCGAAACAUGUAUGACCAUAUGAUGACUUUAUUGGACUCUCGUGCGUCGCGUAUGACCCCGAACCAGGCACUUCUCUCCGUCCACUCCGAUUACAUCGGUGGGCACAACGCUAAUUACCGCCGGUGGUAUUUCGCCGCCCAUCUCGAUCUCGAUGAUGCGGUUGGUUUUGCCAACAUGAAGCUCGGUAAGGCCGAUCGCAAGACGCGGAAGGCCCGCAGGGCUGCAGCCAAGGCAGCCAAAAAGAACCCUGAGAACGAAGAGGAAACCCUCGAGGCCUUGGAAGGAGACAACAGCUUGGAAGCCGCGGAAUACCGGUGGAAGUCUCGGAUGAACCGCAUGUCCCAGCACGAUCGGGCCCGUCAAAUCGCCCUAUAUCUUUUGAUCUGGGGUGAAGCCAAUCAGGUCCGAUUCCUGCCGGAGUGCAUCUGUUUCAUCUUCAAGUGUGCCGACGAUUACUACACUUCGCCAGAAUGUCAAGCUCGCGUUGAGCCAGUGGAGGAAUUCACCUACCUGAAUGAGAUCGUCACUCCUCUGUACCACUACUGUCGGGAUCAGGGAUAUGAAAUCAUGGAUGGCAAGUACGUUCGUCGUGAGCACGAUCACAACAAAAUCAUCGGUUAUGAUGAUAUGAACCAGCUGUUCUGGUACCCGGAGGGUAUUGAGCGCAUCGGGUUUGAAGACAAAACUCGUCUCGUCGACGUUCCCAUCGCUGAAAGAUGGCCUAAGUUGAAGGACGUCGUCUGGAAGAAUGCCUUCUUCAAGACUUACAAGGAAACUCGCUCUUGGUUCCAUAUGAUCACCAACUUCAACCGUAUCUGGGUUAUCCACCUUGGUACUUUCUGGUUCUUCACUGCUUACAACGCCCCCACUUUGUAUACUAUCAACUAUCAGCAACAGGUUGACAACAAGCCACCUACGCCCAAAUAUCUCGCUGCCGUCGGUUUCGGUGGUGCUCUCGUCUCCUUCAUCCAGAUCGCUGCUACCAUUUGUGAGUGGAUGUACGUUCCCCGACGUUGGGCUGGAGCGCAGCAUCUCCGGAAGCGCUUUAUGUUCCUGAUUUUCGUCUUCAUUAUCAACCUGGCUCCCGGUAUCGUGAUUUUCAGUAUCUUGCCGAUGCUGAAAUUAGGAAAGUCAACCGAAGAUGGUGUUGGUCUGGCUCUUGGUAUUGUCCAUUUUGUUCUUGCAGUCCUGACAACUGCUUUCUUUUCAAUCCAGCCGUUGGGUGCACUGUUCGGCAGCUACUUGAAGAAAGGUGGACGACAGUACGUUGCCAGCCAGACAUUCACCGCCAGUUUCCCUCGUCUCAAGGGUAAUGACAUGUGGAUGUCGUAUGGCCUUUGGCUGUGUGUUUUCGGUGCCAAGCUGGCUGAAUCUUACUUCUUCUUGACGCUGUCUUUCAAGGAUCCCAUCCGCAUUCUGUCCCCAAUGCAGAUCCAUCAGUGUACUGGUGCGAAAUACAUUGGCAAUACACUUUGCCACCGUCAACCUCAGAUCCUGCUUGGCCUGAUGGCCUUCAUGGACUUGACACUGUUCUUCCUGGAUAGUUACCUGUGGUACAUUAUUUGCAACACAAUCUUCUCUGUGGCCCGAUCAUUCUACUUGGGUGUGUCAAUUUGGUCACCGUGGAGAAACAUCUUCUCCCGACUUCCGAAGCGUAUCUACUCCAAGGUGCUCGCUACUACCGACAUGGAGAUCAAGUACAAGCCUAAGGUUCUGAUCUCACAGGUUUGGAAUGCUAUCAUCAUUUCAAUGUACCGUGAGCAUCUCCUGGCCAUUGACCACGUGCAGAAGCUGCUGUACCAUCAGGUUCCCUCCGAGCAGGAAGGCAAGCGGACCCUCCGUGCUCCGACCUUCUUCGUGUCACAGGAAGAUCAAUCUUUCAAGACUGAGUUUUUCCCCCAGGGAAGUGAGGCAGAGCGCCGUAUCUCGUUCUUCGCGCAGUCACUCUCUACACCCAUGCCCGAGCCCCUCCCCGUUGACAACAUGCCCACUUUCACUGUCCUGAUUCCUCACUACAGUGAGAAGAUUCUCCUGUCUCUCCGUGAGAUCAUCCGUGAAGAUGAGCCUUACUCGCGUGUUACUCUGCUGGAAUACCUCAAGCAACUUCACCCCCACGAGUGGGAUUGCUUUGUUAAGGAUACCAAGAUUCUAGCCGACGAGACCUCCCAGUUCAACGGUGAUUAUGAAAAGCCCGAGAAAGAUGCCGCUAAGAGCAAGGUUGAUGAUCUUCCUUUCUACUGCAUUGGUUUCAAGUCCGCCGCUCCUGAAUAUACCCUCCGCACAAGAAUCUGGGCCUCUCUCCGAUCUCAAACCUUGUACCGAACCGUGUCUGGCUUCAUGAACUACAGCCGUGCUAUCAAGCUGCUUUACCGCGUCGAGAACCCAGAGGUCGUCCAGAUGUUCGGUGGUAACUCCGAGAAGCUUGAGCGCGAGCUCGAGCGCAUGGCUCGCCGCAAGUUCCGCAUCUGUGUCUCCAUGCAGCGAUACGCCAAGUUCAGCAAGGAUGAACGCGAGAACACCGAAUUCCUACUCCGCGCAUACCCUGACCUGCAGAUUGCAUACCUGGAUGAGGAGCCACCUGUCAAUGAAGGCGAAGAACCCCGUCUGUACUCCGCCCUGAUUGACGGUCACUGUGAACUUCUCGAGAACAACCUGCGUAAACCCAAGUUCAGAAUUCAGCUCUCUGGAAACCCCAUUCUUGGCGACGGAAAGUCUGACAACCAGAACCAUGCGAUCAUUUUCUACCGUGGUGAAUACAUCCAGCUCAUCGACGCCAACCAGGACAACUACCUUGAAGAGUGUUUGAAGAUUCGCAGCGUACUGGCUGAAUUCGAGGAAUUGACAACUGACAAUGUUUCUCCCUACACCCCUGGGAUUUCCUCGCCUGAGGAGGACCCUGUUGCCAUUCUCGGAGCCCGUGAAUACAUUUUCUCUGAGAGUGUGGGUGUCCUGGGUGAUGUUGCUGCCUCCAAGGAACAAACGUUCGGUACUCUCUUCGCUCGUACACUUGCUCAAAUCGGGGGUAAGCUGCAUUACGGUCACCCUGAUUUCCUGAAUGCCACUUUCAUGACCACACGUGGCGGUGUUUCCAAAGCCCAGAAAGGAUUGCACCUGAACGAGGAUAUUUACGCUGGUAUGAAUGCCGUUCUCCGUGGAGGUCGGAUUAAGCAUUGUGAAUACUAUCAAUGCGGUAAGGGCCGUGAUCUCGGUUUCGGAUCCAUUCUCAACUUCACCACAAAGAUUGGCACUGGUAUGGGUGAACAGAUGCUGUCCCGAGAGUACUACUACCUCGGUACCCAGCUGCCCCUCGACCGCUUCCUGUCGUUCUACUACGCUCACCCUGGUUUCCACGUGAAUAACAUGUUCAUUAUGCUUUCUGUGCAAAUGUUCAUGGUGGUUCUGAUCAAUCUUGGUGCUUUGAAGCAUGAGAACAUCACCUGCCGUUACAACUCGGACUUGCCCAUUACUGAUCCUCUUGUGCCAACUCUCUGUCUCAACCUGACUCCAAUCGUCAACUGGGUGAAUCGUUGCAUUAUCUCCAUUUUCAUUGUGUUCUUCAUCUCUUUCGUUCCUCUUGCCGUGCAAGAGCUGACAGAGAGAGGAGUGUGGCGUAUGGCGACUCGUUUGGCCAAGCACUUCGGUUCCUUCUCGUUCAUGUUCGAGGUUUUCGUCUGUCAGAUCUACGCCAACGCUGUCCACCAGAACUUGUCUUUCGGUGGUGCGCGAUACAUUGGUACCGGUCGUGGUUUCGCCACUGCUCGUAUCCCAUUCGGUGUCCUCUACUCACGAUUUGCUGGCCCUUCAAUUUACUUGGGUGCUCGCCUUCUGCUGAUGCUGUUGUUCAGUACCACAACGGUCUGGACUCCUGCUCUGAUCUGGUUCUGGGUUUCUCUACUCGCUCUGUCCAUCUCUCCUUUCCUGUUCAACCCGCACCAGUUUGCCUGGAACGACUUCUUCAUCGAUUAUCGUGACUACAUCCGCUGGCUUUCUCGCGGUAACUCCCGAUCCCAUGCUUCCUCUUGGAUCGGCUUCUGUCGCCUUUCCCGUACCCGCAUCACUGGUUACAAGCGGAAACUUCUUGGUGUUCCAUCGGAGAAGGGCUCCGGUGAUAUCCCCAGAGCGCGCAUCACCAACAUCUUCUUCAGUGAAAUCAUUUCACCCCUCCUUGGUGUUGCCGUCACUCUGAUUCCGUACCUCUACAUCAACUCUCGCACAAUGUACUCCGAUGAUAACAAAUGGUCUGCUAAUCCCAUCCUCCGUGUUGCAAUUGUCGCUUUUGCUCCCGUGGGUGUCAAUGGUGGUGUGGCGGGCAUGUUCUUCGGAAUGGCUUGCUGUAUGGGCCCCCUGUUUGGUAUGUGCUGCAAGAGGUUUGGUGCUGUUCUCGCAGCUAUCGCUCAUGCCAUCUCUGUGAUCGUAUACCUGCUCCUCUUCCUGGCCAUGUUCUUCCUUGAAUCUCUCAACUGGCCCCGAACCAUCUCUGGAAUGAUCGCCGCGAUGGCUCUCCAGCGCUUCAUCUACAAGUUGAUCAUCUCCCUCGCAUUGACUCGUGAAUUCAAGAACGAUCAAUCCAAUAUUGCAUGGUGGACUGGAAAAUGGUACAAUAUGGGUUGGCACACCCUCUCUCAGCCCGGACGUGAAUUCCUGUGCAAGAUCACCGAACUCGGUUACUUCGCCAACGAUUUCUUCCUCGGCCAUAUUCUCUUGUUUGCCAUGCUUCCGGCCCUCGCUGUUCCUUACAUUGACACUUUCCAUUCGGUCAUCCUCUUCUGGCUGCGCCCAAGCUCUCAAAUCCGCCCUCCCAUCUAUUCUCUCAAACAGUCCAAGCUCCGCAAGAGACGUGUUGUUCGCUUCGCCAUUCUCUACUUCACCAUGCUUCUCAUCUUCAUUGUCAUCAUUGCUGCGCCUGUCGUGCUUCGGAACACGAAGUCAUUGGAUAGCAUUCUGCAGGGUGGCAUCUGGGACAGCCUCGGUGUCUCCAGCACAGACGCAAUUGGUCUCCUGCAACCACUCGAUCACGGACUCAAUGAUACCGUCUCCUGGUACACCGGCUCUAACAUUCCUAAGGGCUAUACUUCAGGCGCCAUCCCGACACCCAACGAGGGUACCGGCAAGUGGUCUAUCUAA